GAUUCGGGUGCUGUGCUCGUGAAAAUUGAACAAAACAAUGUAGAAAUAGGUCCGUUGCUGGUUGGCCCGGGUUCAUUCUCUCAAGUUCGUUACAGCAACAACGAUGGUAGGAGAUCUCGACAAAAUAGAUGUAGGCAGUGAUGAUGGUCUGUGCUCGAGUGGAGUUGGUAUUCGGUGAGGAAGAAGUGGAUGCAGUCAGUGAUAGUAAUGGGUUCGUUUUGAAAGAAAUAUCAGCUAGUUGGAGGUGAGGCGUGGACUGUGAUUCAGUCGAAUGAGAAGUGGAUGAAGGCUUUAGAAGGCAACAGGGAGCAGAAUAUAGACAUUGGUACUAUGGAUGAAUUAAUGAUGAUGUGGAUGAGUUGGUUUGUCGGUCCAGUUAGUGGUUGUGACCGUGGUGAAUAAAGGUAAAGGAGGAGUUGGUUCUGUUGUUCGAUUUGAAAACGAGGGUCGGUGAUUGAAUUGGGCUGGACUGGGCCCAUUAGAGGUAGAGAUUUCGCUGGGUCAUCCGGAGACUCCUGGACAACAUAUAUGAAGACAAUCGAACAGAAACGAGGGGGGCGGAAGCCGGCUACUGGAGCUGUAACUGAAGAGCAGAGAAACAAAGAGGGGCGUGUGGCUGAGAUUUCUUGGGAGGUUUGUGACAGAAACUUGAGAAGAAGAGGAGGCGGCCGCAUAGGUAUUUUGGAGCAUAAGAAAAAGAGACGACACAGAGGAUUUGGUACAUUAGUUUGGAGACCGGCGAUUGGAGUCAACAACUGGCCUAAAGGUCACAAACCCAGUGGAGAAGUUAAUAUACCUAGAAUUGUUAGCACAACUUUUCAGAAGAUCCUAAUUUUGGAUUAGAACCGCGUGCUUCUCCAGUAUUGCUAGAUUAUUUUGCAUCUCGUGACUUCUCUUUGCCUGUGCAUGUCUCCCAGUUCGCUUCAGUUACCAUCUUUAGCGAACCCUUUGACUCGGUUAUUUUUGAUCAAAAUGAUACAUCCUUUGCAAAAACCAGGUUUGGGGGUAGCUCUUUCUUUUUGAUAAUCUCAAUAUCUUUAUUAGUUUAUAAAUAAAGAUAAACUGAGGUUAUUAGUUGCUAUAUUGAGGA